AUGGCGGAUACAAACCAUGCCAUUUCCGACUUGGAGGCAAUGGGCGAAAAGGCGGAGAUGACCCACGAUGAGGUGGUGCAUAUGGCAGAGUUGACCCCCGAAGAAAAGGCCAUUGAGCGGAAGUUACGAUGGCGCAUUGAUGCAUUGAUCAUGCCGCUGGUCAUUCUCGUGUACCUCCUCAACUAUAUUGACAGAAACAACUAUGCUGCCGCCAAGCUCCAAGGCCUCAAGGAGGAUCUCAGUAUCAACGAGACGCAAUACCAGACCGGUCUUUCUGUUCUAUUUGUGGCGUAUAUCCUAAUGCAAGUCCCGUCCAACUUGCUCCUCAACUACAUGGGACGGCCAUCGCUCUACAUCGGCUUCUUUGUGUGCGCUUGGGGCCUUGUGUCGGCUCUGACAUCCCAAGUGAAGAAUUACGGUGGCAUAGUCGCAUGUCGGUUUCUGCUGGGACUGGUUGAGGCACCUUUCUUUGCCGGUGUUUUGUACUAUCUUUCCAAGUGGUAUACUAAGAGGGAAUUGGCAUUCCGAAUGUCCAUCUUCUACUCGGGGUCCCUUCUCAGUGGCGCUUUUGGCAAUUUGAUUGCCGCUGGCAUUUUGUCGGGGCUCAAGGGGCACCGGGGCCUGUCUGCUUGGCAAUGGUUGUACAUCAUUGAAGGGGCUAUUACAUGCCUCGUGGGGUUGGUUAUUUGUUUUGUCCUUCCUGAUUUCCCUGAAACCUGGAAGCUUCUCUCGCCGGAGAUGCGGAGAGUGGCUGAGCGGCGGCUGGCCAUCGAGGCGGCCGAAGUCGAUGUCGACGAAGAGGGGGGUAUGAGCCAAAUCAAGGGCCUGAAGCUCGCCAUGACAGACCUCAAGACCUAUGCGCUUGCUGUGGGGUACAUGAGCAUCACAGGAGCGGCUGGGUUCCAAAACUUUGCUCCAUCCUUGACCAAGGGACUUGGUUACGAUAAUAUGAUCUCGCUGGUGUUGGUGGCACCCCCGUACCUUUUCAUGGUUGUCUGGAGUCUCGCCCAUUCGUGGCUGUCGGACAAGCUUGAGAUGCGGUUUUGGUUCUUCAUGUAUCCGAUCCCAAUCACGAUCAUCGGCUUUAUUGUCUUUAUGACCGUGGACUCGUUCGGUCCCCGCUACUUCGCCAUGUUCUUGAUGAUGUUUGUCUUUGCUCAGAACGGUACUUUGUACUCCUGGAUUGCCAACGCCAUUCCGCGACCCCCGGCCAAGCGCGCCGCCGCGUUUGCUUUUAUCAACAGUAUUGGCAACUCGGCAAGUAUCUGGACGCCGUACACCUACCUUGAGAAAGAUGUUCCGCACUACCGCACCGCUCUUGCGAUUUGCAUUGGACUCCAGGCUCUCGGGGGGCUGAUGGGAAUGUUCAUGUACUGGAGUCUCCGGAGUCUCAACAAGCAGCAGGAGCGACUGGAGAAUGAGGAUAUUCAACUGAGUGAAAAGGAGCUACGGAGGCUGCAGGUGACGGCCGAGCGGGAGGGAUUGGAUCUUGCGGCAGCCAGGCGACUGCAGAAGGGCUUUCGGUAUACGCUGUAG